CCAACAAGCUUCAAUGCUGCUGCUGCUGCUUCUGCCCUUGCUCUUCAAGGGAAUUCUCUGCCCAGUGCCAAGCCCAGAGGCGGGCCACGUCCUCGAACCCCAUCAUCUAGCAGGAGAGGAACCCCUCUCCUUUCACAUGAUCCAGAUCUCCUCCUUUGCCAACCACAGCUGGGCGAACACCCAGAGCUCAGGCUGGCUGGGCGAAGUGCAGACUCAUCGCUGGGACAGUGUCUUGGGCACCAUCGUCUAUCAGUUGCCCUGGUCCCAGGGUAAUUUUAGCAAGGAGGAGUUGGAGAGCAUCCAAGUGCUAUUGCAGCUGUACUUCCAUAGAUUUCCCCAGGAAGUGCAGGCGUAUUCCAGUCGGUUUCAGUUUGAAUAUCCCUUUGUGAUCCAGAUAUCAUCCGGCUGUACAAUACAUCCUGGGAAGGCCCCAGAAACCUUCUUAAAUGGGGCAUAUCAAGGAUCAGAUUUCCUGAGUUUCCAAGGAUAUUCCUGGAAGCCAUCUCCAGGAGCAGGAAGUCGGGCUCAGAAUGUCUGCAAACUGCUCAAUCGCUACCGAAUUAUCAAAGAAAUUGUGAAGAACCUUCUAGGUAACACCUGCCCUCGCUUUCUGGCUGGCAUCGCCGCAGCAGGGAAGUCAGAACUGGAACGGCAAGUGAAGCCAGAGGCUUGGGUGUCCAAAGGCACUAGUCCUGGUCCUGGGCGUCUGCUGCUGGUGUGCCAUGUGUCUGGCUUUCACCCCAAACCUGUGUGGGUGCGGUGGAUGCGCGGUGAGAAGGUGCAGCCGGGCACUCAGCAAGGCGAAGUCCUGCCCAAUGCUGACAGAACAUGGUAUCUGCGAGUGACCCUGGACGUGGCAGCUCGAGAGGCAACUGGCCUGACUUGUCGAGUGAAACACAGCAGCCUCGGAGGCCAUGAUCUAAUCAUCCACUGGGACGGAUACCCCGUCCUCCUGAUACUGAUCUGCUCGGCUAUAAUGGUUACCCUGGUUAUGUUGGUUGUGGUUGGCCCGUGGUUUCAAACGCAGAGCUCAAACUGGAACAUCUGCUCUCCCCAGGCACCCAGCCUUGCCUUUCCCACAGGAGCCAACAUCCAAGAACCCAGGAGUUUAGGAAAUCAGCUCUACUUGGCACAGAAAUCAUGGAUGAAAAACAGAUUCUUGAAGAAAGUAAAAAUAAACCUAAGCAAAUUCUGAUGGCAUUUGU